UGUGCUGCUGUCUGCCAGUGUUAGUGUUCUUCUGUAUCUGUAAUCUGUCAUUUCGUAAUUUGUUGUGUUAUUUUACUUAAACUUUCAAUAUUCACUGAAUAAUCUCGGCAGUGUUGUUUAGAUAAAAUUUUGGUUGUCCAACAUUCGAUGCCCAGCGCGAAGAGGGGAUUUUUGUCCAGUGCGAAAUUAAGACUGGUUAUUCAGUGUGGACUCGGAGAACGUUCACGAUGCCUGUGACACUGGUCGACAGGUUGCCAUUGCCAAACCUCAAGGUUUACUCGGCGGGAAGUGUGCUACUGCUGUCGGUGGCGGUGUAUUACGCUGUGAAUGUGACUAGUGAUCCUAGCUGGAAGGCGAAUGCGACGCUGCAGCGCCAGGACGGCGCGCGCGAGGCCGAGGCGGUGAAGAUGGUGCCAGCUAUAGACUCCUCGAACGGCACGAGGAACCUUACCGACCACUUCGCUGAAGUGGUGACGUUCAUGAUGCAGGAGCCGCUGUGCAUGUGGACGCUGAUCAACAUGGCGUACUGCUCGCUGGCGCUGUUCGGCUUCGUGCUGCAGCGGCUGGUGUUCGGGCGGCUGCGCGUGGCGGAGGCGCAGCGCGUCAAGGACAAGUUCUGGAACUACGUGUUCUACAAGUUCAUCUUCGUGUUCGGCGUGCUCAACGUGCAGUACAUGGACGAGGUGCUGCUGUGGUGCUCCUGGUUCACGCUCGUCGGCUUCCUGCACCUGCUGGGGCAGCUGUGCAAGGAUAGGUUUGAUUAUUUGUCGUCAUCGCCGAACGUGGCGCGCUGGGCGCACACGCGGCUGCUGGGGCUGCUGGUGGGCAUCCUGCUGGCCGCGGCGGCGCUGUUCGCGGUGGCGCUCGCGUGGGGGCUGCCUGCGGGGAAGGACACCUUCGCCUUCAUGGCGGCUGAGUGCCUGCUGGUGGGCGUGUCAGCGCUGCACGUGGUAGCGCGGUUCACACUGCGCGCCCACGACGCCGACGCGGCUGGCCCCGCCGCCUACUAUACACAUCUUGCCUUCGAUGCGGUGUCGCUGGUGACGGAGACAUGCCACGUGGCGCACAUGGUGGUGUACAGCAACGUGGUGGUGUCCAUGGCGUCGCUGGUGCUGCUCAUGCAGCUGCGGCACCUGCUGCACGCGCUGCUGGCGCGCUUGCGUCGCCACCGCCUCUACGCUGCGCUCGCAACGCACAUGAGUCGCAAUUACCCGAUGGCGAGUGCGGAAGAAGUACAGAAGAACGAGGAUAACUGUGCCAUCUGUUGGGAACCCAUGAAAGAGGCGCGCAAACUCCCUUGCGCACAUCUGUUCCACAAUUCGUGCCUGUGCCGCUGGGUGCAGCAGGACGCGUCGUGCCCCACGUGCCGCCGCGCGCUGUCCGCCGCGCCCGAGCCGCCCCUCGCGCCGCGCGCGCCCCGCACGCCCCUCGGCCCGCUGCCGCCCUUGCCGCCUCGCGUUGACGUGCGCCCCAACCAUCUGUUUCACUUCGAUGGGUCGCGCUACGUGUCUUGGCUGCCCAGCUUCUCGGUGGAGGUGACGCGAGUGCGGGACCCGCCCGCGCCGCAUCUGCUCGACGCCAUGAUUGAACAGGUGCAGCAAGUGUUUCCGCAGUACCCGCGCGCCCUGGUAGCCGCCGACCUGGCCUCGUCGCGCUCCGCCGACCUCACCAUCGACAACAUUCUAGAAGGCAGGCUGCCCCCGCCGCUGCCGCCCGCCCUGCCCCUCGCCGUGCCCAACAUUGCAACAGCGCCGGCGCCCGCUCCCGCGCCCGCGCUGCCGCGCGCCGCGACGCCCACAGAGCGCAUCGACCAUAAUACGGAGCCCGAAGCGAGCACGCAGUUCUCACAGAACGCGGCCGAACGCGAAGCGAUGCUGCGACGACGCAAAGAGGCGCUGCUGGAGACCGCGCGGCGCCGCUACCUCGCGCGCAUGUCCCGCGCCGGCGCCGACCCCGCCCCCUCUGCCGCUGCAGCCAGCAACACGCGCAGCUGAGUGUUCCGCCACGUCUUCACGCUCCUCGCGAGACCACGCUUUGGCAAUACCGCCACUGGCACUGGCACGGACAGUAGUGUCAUUGGCACCGUCACUAGUAACGUUGACGCAACUACUGGCAAUUCUGGAACAGCCGUUGGUACUGUUAGCACCGCCACGGGCACUGGUAAUCAUAUCACAGACUGUGGCAGCAUUGGCAUCAACACUGGUAAUAUUGGAGUGACUGACAAAUCUGGAACAGGCAUUGGUACUAUUGGUAUCGUCACUGGCACUGUUAAUCAAAUCACAGACUGUGCCAACAUUGGCAUCAAUACAGGUAAUAUUGGAGUGAUUGGCAAUUCUGGAACCGUCACUGGCAAUAUUCAGACUUCCGUUAGUUCUGUUGGCACACUCGCUGGUAAUAGUGAAAACACAUCUGGUAAUAUUAGCACGAUUCUUAGUACUAGCACCGCUACUGAGGUUAACGAUCGAACGAAUAAUAUUAUUACUCGCAAUACUCGCACCGCAACUUGCAAUACCGAGAUCGCCCCUGGAAAUGCUGUCACAGCACCUGACAAUAUUGGCACUGGCAAUAAUAGCACAGCGAAUAAUAAUACUGGCACUUUUAAUACUCAUACUAGUGUUAUUGAUAAUAACAGACUUGCCAGUUCUGGCACUUCUGUUUCUAAGUCUACAAAGUUGAACACUUCUCUAAAUAAUUGUAACACCACAAGGGAUUUUAACAAAAGAAAUAUUGCAAGUAAUAUAAUCCAUUAUGGUAGAAAUAAAAUUGCUAGUAAAAUUUCUCAAAACAAUACAGGAUAUAACUUUGCCAAUAAUGUAGAUUCUGGAAAUAACACUGCUAGCAGUAUGGCUACUAACGACUGUAAAAAUGUCGUUAGCCACAAAAUCGUUAAUUCUGACCCUGGCAAUACUGUUGCCACUAAUAAAGGUCAUAGAAAUAACAUUACCAGCAAACCUGCAAAUAACGUUGCCAAUAGCGAUAGCAAUGUCAUAACGCGGCCAAGCAAUUCGGUGGCAAUUACCAAUACUACUGAUAAUCGUAUUUCUCACGCUAACAGUUCUGUCACAAGUAUUUCUCGUGCCGGCACUGUCGCCAUCCCCGCCAGGCAAGGAAGCACAGCCGCGUCGCGCAGUUGCGCGUUCCGUCAGCUGUUCACGCGCAUCACGCGCCCACGGCCUCAUGGACGCUUUGCCCACGGACAAAUUUAUUCAUAUAACACUAGUGCAUGAUCGGUUAGACUAUUAAUAAAAACCAAUUUUAUAGAUCUCCUUAAAUGUUAAUAAUAUCAUUGAUAAAAUUCAGUACCCAAAAUCAAUAAAACGUCGAUCCUCCUUGUAGCUAAGAUCUAAACCAAAAAUAAAUAGGUCAAAUAGUUGCUUAUUUAACCAUCCCAAUCAGCUGUUUUUGUGAGUGAGAUCCAAGCGUCUUAUCCUAAAGUGUUGCCAGAACAGUAUUUCUAGCACUGGCGAAAGUAUUUUUAGUACAGGCAACCGACUUUCUGGCAGUGGCAACAGACUUUCUAGCAGUGGCAACAUAAUUUCUAGCGCAGGCAAUGUUAUUUCAAGUACUAGCAACUUGAUCGAUAUUAACAAGUAAAUGUCGUCUUAUUAAAAAACUGAUAUCAAAUAUUUUUAUUAUACUUUGCUUUGCAUUUUGAAUUAUAGUCCAGUCAUUUGGUAGUUUUACCUGGAGUUUUGAAAAUCGGUGAUUUUAUAGAUUUCAACAUGCUCUUUCCGAAUUUAUAGUUUGCCAUCUCAUGAAAAACUUUAAACGUGGUGGUUUUUUGGGGCCCUUUUUGAGGACCAAAUGACUGUACUAUUCAAAAAUAAGUGCAAAAGAUAAAAUAAUAAAUUUAUAUUUAUAAAGACUCUUUUAUUUAAAUAAUAAAAGCAUUUAAUUACGAAUCGAUUUGAAGUCAUGGGCUGGAUCCCAAUAGCUGCUGUUUCUACUAAUAUUCACUAUACAGAUAAAUUACUUUAUUCACCGUUUUCACCGUUAAAUAAUUUAUUGAGCGAGGAUAAAAAUAUACCUAGCUCUCUAGUAUCGAUUUGUCAAGUACAAAAACCUAUAAAAACCAGUGAAGUAGAGUUCCGUACAUCGUUCAAGAUAUUUGUUGAAAUUGGAAUCAUUCAGCUCUCUACCCAUUACGGUUCAUGACAUACAGCCCGACAGACAGACAGAUAAACAGUGGAUGCUAGUAAUAAGAUCCCAUUGUCACCCUUGGGUAUGGAUCCCUAAAAAUGAUGGAUUGAUGAUUCUUGUGAGUAUAAAUUAAAAGAUUUUUUAGUCAAGUAAACAUUUACAAGUGCUUUUGAAUCAGACACCGAAAUUUUUUGAAAGCAAACUCAUACUAGAGAUAUAACAAUAAUUUUUUGUAUUGUAAAGUAGGUUUUAUUGGUGGCUGAGAAGACUCAUAAAGUUGCAUCUCAAUAACAUACUUUGGGUCACUGAUUUAUGGAACAUUUUAGACUGAAGGUUACAGUGCCUGGAAAUCGAGUUACUUACGCAUUUCUCCAAGAACUUUUCCGCCUGCGAGCGCCUAUUCUACCUUUAUCAUACAUUCAUGAGCUAAGAUCUACAGGGCCUACUUUGAAUUUGCUCAGACUUAAGUUUCGACGACCGCCCUGGUGCAGUGUUCUUAUUAGUGGGAGGUCGCGGGUUCGAUUCUUGGCAGGGGUUUGGAAAGUUAUAAUUUUGGUCUGGUCUGGUGGGAGGCUUGGCUAGGUACCACCACCGACAAAGCCGUGUUGCCAAGCGAUUUAGCGUUCUGGUACGAUGCCGUGUAGAAACCAAAGGGGUAUGGGUUUAAUAAAAACUGCCAUACCCCCAGGUUAGCCCGCUUCCAUCUUAGACUGCAUCAUCACUUACCACCAGGUGAGAUCACAGUCCCUUGAGUGCUUACUUGCAUCUGAAUAAAAUAAAAAAGUUUCCGUUAAAACAAGACUGAUUUAUGUCAGGAUAAUGCUGUCUCGUUUUAACAAUGUCUUAAAUCUGAGCAAAGACAAAGAUUGCUGUAUAGGCUCACUUCUCAGCUGCCAAAAAAAUUGACUCGAUUUUAUGUUAAAACGAUGACGUAACAAGAUACGUGCGAAAGAGAGAGAUGUAGCGACAUAGCGUUGAGCAAGGCUGAUUUUACCGUGUUAUUGUAGGUGGGUUUUGUAUUGUAAUAUACCUAGAGAUCUUUUCUUACUCGUGUUUUUUAUAUCUAGUCGCAUCGAGGCUGACCUCUUUGUGAUCGUCCACUAACGAUCGAAAUUAAUAUAAUACUUAAUUAAUUAUCUUUUUUAUGAUUGGUCAGUAAAGUUCUUUUUUAAAAAUGGUAUGUUCUAGUAACAAUGUUGCUAGACUAGUAAAAGUAUCGACAGAUUGAUUUUAUUAAUUUCGAUCGUAAGUCCCCAAAUCGAAUCUUGGUAUUUUGCCUUCAUAUAUUAAAAAUAUAAAUACCAAAUGAGCUCGGUGGCUAUCAUUCAGUGUUGGUCAUUGAGUUAGCCAAUCAACCCGCUGGUCGAGCCACCACUGGUGUGAAGUGAUAUGGAGCACUCACACCUUUUUCAGCUGUUUCUUUGUUAUUAGACUCAUUUUCAGAGUAAAUAUGGGGACAUGUUUACUUCACUUGCGAUUCGAACGGGCGACCCAGUGGACGUUUUCUAGACUCCGACAGUCUGGAUGCGGCUUCAAUGUUUAUUGUAUUACUCUUUCACUUAUAACUUUGUGUUGAGUAUUAUGAGAUUUUGCAUCACACUGACGUUUAUCGAAUUCGAGAACAUACAGCUCAGAUUUAAAGUAAAAUGGACUUUAAAUGCCUCGUUUUAAAGUUCCAGUUCGUCCAUAUAUCUCCAGCCAGGCGCUCCAAGCGGAAACGUGAAAUUAAAAUCGGUGAUGCUGAAUUUUUGACUUUACCUCGGGGACACUUAGGUCCAUUUUACUUUACGUUAUGUUUCGAUCUCGAAUUCUAUCAUUGUCGGGCCAGAUGUAAAAUCUCAUACUAUACUCUAUCUACGGAGAGAAGUUAGUUAGGGCUUUCUCUUUUACAUAAUGUUAAACCAUACAAAUAACAAAGACAAAAUGUCAGUGGGCGUUAACCAUUUCGUAUCACCAACCAAUCACAAACGAACUAUGUUUUCUGAUUGAAUUUCGAAUGUUUUUUGAAAAUAUGUUUAACUAAAAAUGGAUAACGCCAACUGAGUUUUUUGUCUUUGACUUGUAUGGGAUUACGUAACAGAGAAAGCCAUAUACUAACUUCUCCCAGUGGAUAGA